AUGUUAGUGAGACAAGAGGGAAGUCUAACGUCAUCAUGUGUACUGGAAAAGAACAAUGAUCCUGCUGCAAUACUCUGUGCCUUUCUUAUGGCAAGACGUGGAUGGAGUCGUUCUCGCAUUGCUCUCACACUUGGUGUUCCUCCGUUGGUGGUGGAAGAGUGUAUUCGCAGCGGUGUAUCCUCAGCAGAACUUCGAAAACAAAUGGCUCAUUGGGUCACAGAAUACAAGGAUGAACCGUUACCACCAAUGCUAGUGAGGGCUGUCCUUAACGCCGUACCCCAAACAAGAACUACAACUGCAAUAGACUUUCAUAAAAAUGGUGAACCCUUUUCUGCAUUAGAUCCUGUUACACGGGCACUUUUCCUUGAUUUGAGUUCUAGUGUUGGUCAGAGCUUUAUCUCUAUUCUUAAUGAUCCACGAGAAACGAGAGUUAAUAGCAAUAACAAUAGUUGGGGAUCUUGGUUCGGUCACGUUGUUUUUGGUACACGUGAUAGUGGACGUGUAAGAGGUACUGAAGGUGGUAUUGAUGGGGUGAGUCCAUCCCUAUCAUCAUCAGAGUCUUUACUUGCACGUUAUAAUCUACAGGAAGACUAUUCUUCAUACCUUCACCUUGUUUCUGCACCAUAUAAUGUUAAUCGUGAAGAAGGACGACAUAGGACUUCAAUAUCAAGUUCAAAUAUCCAACUUGCUAACACUGAUGGUAUUUCUCUCUUACAUGAAAAUUUUCCGUGGCCAUCAGAUGUUCCAGAUGAGUUUUUCAAAUCUUCUUAUGAUCCUAAAAAUGAACUUUGGCUCUUGGAGCAAAAGAUAAUGGAGCAAAUAAAAGAGAGAACAGAAAAAGAAGAGGGUGAUGGUACCGGUGAUUCAGAGACGUUUACAGAUGAUUUUGAGGUGAUUGAAUCUAGAAUGAAGGAACUUCGAAAAUGGGAAAGUGCUGUUGAACAUUGUCUACUUCAACAUGUUCAAAGUCGAUCAGAAGAAUUUUUUUCUACUUCGCAUGAAUUAGGAGAUCGAGCAGCAGAGGCAGAAAAGACACUAAAGGAUCUUCAACAAACUAGAUCAGAUAUUGGAGUGUUUGGAAAAAGUUUAGUUCGAGAAAUGAUGGUAAUUGCGCAACGUUAUAGAACUCGAAAUAAUCUUCGUGCUUUGCUUGAUUUGGCAGAAAUAGUAACAUCUGUUUCUUCUCAAGUGGCAGCUGUUGAGAAUUGGGUAGCACUUCCUGAGCGAGAUAUGAUGGAACUUUUAUUUGUUGUUGAGAACUACUGCUCCAUACAAGAUACUAUUAAUCUAGAUAAUAAUGUGGAAACGCAUAUUAGGAAAAAAACUUCUACAGAAGUAAAUUCAAUGAUGAAAUUAACUUCGUUGAGAGAUCUUCCACAACGUCUAAUGCAAGUGAAGGAAAAACUCUGCAUUAUGAUUAUGGAAGAAAUGCAAGCAGGUCUUAUUCCUAAUAUACGAAAUGAUGUUGAUGAUGGCUGUGUUGUAAGGGCGUUUCUUUCUGCUGUUAGUAUGGGUAUGUGGUCUACAACUGUAAAACAUUGUCGAGAUCAACUUCUUGAGGCACUUUGGAUGAGUGUUCGUGAGACAUUUAUAGCUUUUAUAAUGAGUAACUGUACACUUAGUGAUCAUACAGCUGAUACUCUUCUUUCAACUGCAGUAACGGCUCAUUCCUUUCGUGAGGAAAAACUAAAAUUGUUUAAUCAUAGUAGCUCUUGUCGGUUCCCUAUGUACAUGCAGUUAGUGAGUCAUAUUCUGAAUCAUAUCCUACAAUUUGUUAAUCAAGCAGCUCAACGUUGGGGUUUUCUAGUUCUUGAAAGUAUUCCAAAUCCUGAGAAAAACACUAAUAACACUAAUAAUAAUAAUAAUAAUAAUAAUAAUAAUAAUAAUAAUAAUAAUAAUAAUAAUAAUAAUAAUGAGAAUAGUAGUGUACCAACUGCAGAGGACACUAAAAAAUAUUUAUCUAUCUUGUGUACAGGGGCUGAAGGUAUUGUUGCCAUGCUACUGGAAGUACGAAGUCAACAAGGGAAAGCACCAACAAAUGUUCGAGAACUUGAAGCGCUUGUAUCAGUAGGAUGUGAUUUUUUACCAAAUAUGGUAAAUGAAUUACAAGGAGUUUUGUCAGUUUGUGGGAAUAUUGGUGAUCCAUGGACAUUUAUCUCAGGGAAACAAAUGAAGUCUGCUGUAACAAAACUAACCAAAGAACACUUUCGAUCUCAUCACGUAGAAAGUAUAGAAAAACUACGUGUAACAAUUGAGAAUGAAACAUGGCAGCGAGAACCUGUUGACGUUGCAUUUCAAUCUUGUGUGGAUAUACUUUGUAAUAGUGAUGAUGUGGCCAUUACAGAACUGCAAGCACGUGCUGUUUUUACUGACCUAACAAGUGGUAGUAGACAUAAACCUGUUUGUUUAUCUGUAUCAUCAUCAUCAACAACAACGACAACGACGACAACAACAAUGGUACGAGAAACAAAUGUAGGGAAUACAGAAGAUAAUUUGGAAAAUAAUCCAAGAGUAGUGAAAAAUACACUCUUGUUUCUCCCACCUGUAGGAGAACAUUCUAAAGGACGGGUGGUAAGUAGAUCACUAUUAUUAUUAAUUGAAAUGCUACGAGACUAUGAUGACUAUUUAGGUCGUUUUCCUUUCCUUGCUUUUGACAUCAUGGGAAAGAUGUAUGAUCUUCUUAGACUUUAUGAUUCACAAUGUGCUGCACUCAUUUUAGGAGCUAUGGCUGUUGAAAAUGGUGUUCUUCAGACUAUAACAAUGCAGCAUAUGGCUAUUGCUUCUCAGAAUUUGGGAUUUUUAUAUGAUGCCAUACCUCUUAUGCAAAAACGUUGGCUUAAGGCAACAUCUGCUGAUAAAUUGCCACCUGCUAGUUGUGAUGAUAUGGCGAGAGUUCGUAAGGAUUGUUGGACUUUCCGCUGUGAGAUUUUUGGUAAAAUAUCUGCCUUAGUGAGAGAGAAGGUAGAUGGUCUUGGAACCGUCCCUGCUGAACAGUGGCAGACAUCCGGUAAUGAAUGGGUAAUGACAAUGUUGCGAGAGGUGGCGAGAUUAAUGCGAGCAUUAAAGCCAUUGAUGCCACCAGAGGAUUGUCGUGGUGUCGUAGUGCCACUUCUCGGGACGUUUGCUCGAAUGAUUCGUGCCGUAACGCUCUCGCCUGUUGUGGAUGGAGACUUGAGAAGUGUCAUGCAAUUAGAUGUUAUCGUUUUUAAAACAAACGUGGAAAAGUUCGGUUUCGAUGUACUUCGUUGUGCUGAACUGUACGCAUCCAUAACAGAGGCGAUGACGGCGCCAGUGGAACCGUGUUCAUCAGAGGAGAGUGUUGUGGCAUGGUUUUUUAGUGAUGAUAAAUCAUCAUGA